CCACAGACAUUAAAAUACUUCAACACGACGUGUCUCAUCCUCCCUACAUUAUCAUUGCCUCCAUUUUAUCAAAGACCCUGCAAAAACUUUAAGAGAAAAAAAAACUUAAAAGCAGAUCUUGCUAGGCCUCCCUUUCUUACCAUCAGAGAAACAAAAAACCAUGGUUCCAUUUCCUCAAUCCAUGACAUUGAUCCAAACCCCUCCAGAUCCUUCCCAACUAAACCCUUCUCGUCCAGACACUGCCCCGCAUCCACCAUUCCAUCCCACAGUCUCCGCCUGCAGAGGCCCUGAAGGUAGUUCCGAGUAUUUAGUGUCUAGUCAAGUCUCAUCAGAGUGCCCAUUCGCUUGGCAACAGCAUCAACCACAACAGCUGCGGCCACAGCCUCGACAAUGUGCGCAUGCUCAGGCUCAAAGACGGGAUCAGAAGUACAAGUGGAACAGGGACCAAGAGAAACAGGAGCAAAUUUGGAAGCAAACACCAAGCCAAGGACAAAAUAUGCGAAAUGACUCUUCAUUUCGAGAUCCUCCCCUUCUCCCCCUUCACUUCUCUCUUUUGCCUCCAUCUUCACAUUCCUCUCCUUAUUCUCCCAUAUUUCUAAACCAGCCCAAUACGUACCAUAUCCAGGGAAACAAACCUUCUGUACAUUUACAGCACCAUCAUCAUCAACCAAAACAGCAACAGCAACAGCUACAACAGCAACCACGACAACGACAACAAAAACCCAUGUAUCAUCGACGACAGGUCUCUGAAUGUGUGCAAAAAAUCAACCAAAUUUAUGAACGUAUUCAACAUAGUCAACUUCAUCAAUCAAUUAUUCGAGAACAGCAUAAUUUGACUCUUCCACAACUCUUUGCAAAAGAAGGAGAUGCACCCAAACCUGACUCACGCUCGCCUGAGCUGGGGUAUUUAAACGUGUUCAAUGAUUAUUUCAGUCAGGAUCAGUUGGAUCACAGUGAUAACGAUGUAGAGGCGCAAUACUCUACAGAUGAUGAUCAUUCGGAAAUGGAAGGCGAAGAAGAAAAGGGUGGCCAAGCUCAAAAGAAGGAUGAUAUACAGUCCAACAUGGAGAAUACCCAGUAAGUGUAAACCAUAAAAUGUAUAAUGUUCACAAUGUCUGGGUUUUAAUCUUCAGAGUAGUAACGUCGAUCUUUUUUUUAAAAAAGACACGUUCCACAAAAUGGACGGCGUCGAUCUGUCUCCUUUUGUGGCCUUCUACUGUCUUCAUUCGAGACGCCUUUGGUAUCACCCAGCACACCUGCAAGCUGUCUAUCGAUGGCCUUAUCUACAAGGGAUGGUGCGCUCAUGACGUUACCACUACCAACAUCUCGCGAUACCUCAUCAUUUUCUUACAUGCCUAGACGCCGCCACCAUUCCUGUGUGGACUCUAACACUAAAGAGUUCCAAGCACUUUCUACUAUUU